AUGCGGCGCCUGUUGGUGCAGAACGCAACAGGACCAACGGGACUCCUAACGGCAGCUGGCAGCGUUGCAGGGCAGAGCUGGGUCGGUAUGGAGGAGGCAGCUGAGCGGCGGAGGCGACUGGCGGCUCUUAGGAAGCAAGCCAACUCCACACAGAAUGAUCCACAACCAGGGGUUGGGCAGCUUCCUAAUCCUCUUGCCGACAGUCCAUCAACACAGCCUUCCACUUGCCCCCAGUCAUACCAGACUAAAUUCUCCUUCUACAGUGACCCACUGGCAGGGUUUCAGCCACAGGUCGCUCCACAGCAUGGCGACAGACAUGCAGGGGUGCCCUUUGGUGACAUGAAGCGCCAGAAGCUUGAGGCCCAUCCACGCCCUGGAGCCCAUCAGCCACCCAUUGGCAUUGCAACCACAGGCUACCGCAUUCCACAAGAGCAAUCGCAAUGGCCACAAGGUCCACACUUCCGCACAGCACCCCUCACCCUGCCAUUCAGUCCCCCAGCCCUCCCUGGGCCCCCUCACGGCCCGCCGCCCCGCGGGUUCCCCUUCCACGGCCGAGGUGGGCAGCACCCCAUGCCCUGCCCACCCUACGGCAUGCCACCACAAGUGUCCUACCCAUCUCAAAUGCCAACCCCCGUGGCUGGGCCCCAGGUUCCGCCUGCCUUUGGCAAUCCCCAUGGGGGUGACGGGCGCAGACUUGGCAGAUCUGGCCCACCAGUUGGCCAGCGGGGGAUGCACCAUGCAAGCCAUUGGAGGGAUUCGAAUUUUGAACGCCGGAGUUCGAAUUUGGGGGGCCGCUGGCGGGGCGGCCAGAGGGGCCGCAGAUGGGGUCGCGGCCCGGCGCCGUUUGGACAAGGACGGGACCCAGCAUCUGAGAGCGAAUACGAGACAACAUCCAGCGAAGGGGACCCUGGGGACCAGACACGGUCGGCACACUGGAUGAAGAGCGGAAAGAAGAAGCCCAAGGGCUGGGAGAGAAUCAAUGCGACACCGUAUGUGAAGAAGUCCAUGUGGGGGGAUCCGUGGAAGGGCCUGAUGAAAGUGGUGCAGGCCAGACAGGACCUUGUCGAUGAUGAGAUCUUUACUCGCCAUGACAAGAGCGACCCUGCCCCUUCCUCUUCUGCCCCAAGACCACCUGGUAGCCCAAAAGGAAUGUGGUUGUAG